AUGACGGAAGAAACUAUUCUGCUUAGUAAUCAUGAUAAUGAAGAAGAAUCAUCUAAUCAACCCACUCUUAAACCUUCUAAUAAACGCUCAAAAAAACAAAAAUCAUCAGAACACAUUCCCAAAAAAGUAAGAACACUUGAAAAAACACAUAAAUAUAAAAGUAUUAUGAGUCCAUUAUUAAAAGAAAUUAAAAAACGGAUAAAACCAAAAAAUAUAAGAUCUCAAUAUGUAGAUAUAGAAGAAAUUGCUGAUAUCUUUAUAGAAAAAGAAGAAGAAGAGAAAGCUGAAUGUGAAAAUAUAAAAAAUGCAUUAGAAAAAAGGCUAAACCUGAAUGAACCAUUUAAUACUACUGGAAUGUUAGAAAAAGUAAAACUUAAUUUGUAUAAUACAAUGGAAUUAUAUUGA